UGUGGAAAUGAUCGUGUGCACAUGUACGUUGGUUGGAAUGAGGUGUAUCGGGCAGAGCGGUGAUGUGUGCUGGUGGAAUGCAAAGCAUACUGCAUAAAAGUUUCUUGCACUGUGAGCUGUCUGACAUUCAGUACAUGUACGUGCACACGUUGAUCUGGAGUGAACGGUGUCUGCGUGAAGGAUUCACCAUCAGUUGCAGCACACAAGAAACUUGUGGUGCGAAUACGUCCCGCCUGGAGACAGGCGCUCCGUGAUUGUCAACUUUCGGAAAGGGACUUCUCCACAGUGCAAACGACCGCGUCUUGAGCAGCAUAUCAUCGUCUGGUAUUCUUUGUCUCUGGACGACAGACAAAGCUUUGGGACCAGUGUUGCCUCGGACUAAGAGAGGGACUUGCACUGCUUCUGCGUGGCAAAACAAAAUAAGUACAAUCGCUUUGCUUGUUUCAACUUAAAAUUUCAACCAAUCAAGUGCCUGGUUAUUAAAGGUUUGGAGGUCCAGAAAAAUAACCGGUCCGACAGAGGAAAUCGUCAGCUCAUUGACAACAUGCAAACUUGACACCGAAAUGGAUACCGCCGGCCUCAGCUGUAAGACACACUUAAUUUGGCGCCAACAAUCUCGUGUGACAACUCUGCACCUGUUCAAAAAAGGUGAACAUUUUGGCGCGGAAUCCUAUGAAGUCGUUUCUAUAAUUGCACUUGUCAUCCCAGGCGGAAGGGACUACUGAAAAGCCCACCCUAUAUUUAGGGUUUGAUAAGUCAACGAGGCUCCAAUGUGGCGAAUUGGCGACUUGUGGGGAACGGUUCAUUUCCAAAAGCCCAGCCGUGUUUCUGUGUACGGGCGCGAGGCGGAAAACGAAAGUGGAAACUCAUUAUUUUUCUUCCACCGCCCGUGAUAUUACAGUUACGUAAUAAUAUUUGUUGGUGCUUUCCACAGCGUAAUGAUUCAUCACCCAUUGUCUGGUUGGAAAACCCUGAAAACAACUUUCAGCAGGUGGAUAUAUACAAGUUAAAACCAAACUAUUCUUGAAAUGUAAUGGAUUGUUUUGCUUUCCACCAGGCAUAACAAAGGCAUUAUCGCAGGUGAAUUAGAAGCCUACCUGCUCAAUGAAUCGUAAAAGGGAACUGUAGCUUUCGCAUUGCUGCCCCAGUCAGGUACAGGUCCGGCCGUGGCUGUGCAAUAUAUGUUUUCCCAAGCGAUCAUCCGCUUUGUCAACGUCUAAAUCUGGAUCAGCGGACACCACUCGCACGUGUUCACACACCCAGCAGAAGACGCGCGACAAAGGGAACACACCCUGGCUUAAAGGGACGUGGGAAGUUUACUGAUCUCCCUGAAUGGACAAAGGUUGCAUCGUGGAGACACCAGAGAGGCAGGAAGGUUGUCCCUAACGACGAAGGAGCUCCAGUGAGGCACAGGACAACUCUUCAGUUCAGCAAACAGGUGUACGCUGGCGGUGUACACUUCUACAUUCAGGACAACUACUGUAAAGGUUAACGAUCAAUAACGGAAUCACGCCGAUUCGGACUUGGACUUCGUGUAACCGUCACACAGAGAGGAAGACUAGGAGGUUCUGGAGAAAUUAGUUUUGGUUCUCUGCACUGUGUCUUUUCAACUUGAGUCGUCCAAAUUUUACAAGCAGAGAGGAACCUUCCAAUUCUGGAAACUUUAGGAAGAGGCUUUAACAUUUUCAAACUUCAAUAGAACCAUGCACGAAUAAAUGUAAACCGUCUCUAGUAAGAUUGAUCCCUCGAACUUAUGAGAAAACCCUAGUGAUGGAAUUACUGGGAAAACAAAUCGGCGCUCCUCCUUUGAGACGAGUAUGAGUCAGUCGCUAACCGUUUGAUAUACGCUGAGUGCAACUUUGCCUCACCUUUGAAAAAGAACUUUCAGGGAAGAAAAAACACGAAUCAUGGGUGUGAUAGAUGUGGAAAUAGUGCUGUUAAUUUGCCUCAGCUUACUCCUUGCUGCGGUGGACACGGGUGAGACGUGGCGCGUGAAAACAAAAGCUUGUCCGCAAGGUUGCAACUCUUGCUCGCUGUUCAACGGCUGCAUCACCUGCAAGCCCCGCUACCUUCUCCUCCUUCACCGCAGCGGUAUGAAGCAAAUGGGAUACUGCAGGAGGACUUGCCCUCCUGGCUACUAUGCGAGCAGGGGAGGAGACAUCCCCAGGUGCUCGAAGUGCCAAGUGGAUGAUUGUGAAGACUGUUUCACGCGGAACUUCUGUGUGAGGUGCCAGCCUUCGUACUACGCCAACGGCGGCAAGUGCUUCGCUACUUGCCCAGCGGGAACAUGGCCCGACAGGAAGAGCGGUGAUUGCUUGGAAUCAGUUGACUGUGAGGUCUCACAGUGGGCGAGCUGGGGUCCGUGCCUGAAGAACGGGGCAGACUGUGGCUACAAAUGGGGCAUGGAGACCCGAAUGAGAGGCAUCAUCACCCAGCCCACGCCCACAGGAAAAGCUUGCCCCGAGCUCGCAGAGACCCGAAGGUGUCGUAUUCUGCAGCGGCACUGCCCGGUUGAUUGUGAAGUAUCCGAAUGGAGUAGUUGGUCCCCUUGUCUUAAGAAUGGCGCAGACUGUGGUUACAAAUGGGGCCUGGAGACUCGCUCCCGGAGCAUAACUACCCAGCCCUCAACGGACGGACAGACGUGCCCGGAACUCCAUGAGUCAAGAGACUGUCGCAUGCCGCAGAGAUAUUGCCCAGGUGACGAAGUCAAUCCACAGUCGACCAAAAAGAACGGGAAGAACAGAAGAAAGAACAGACGAAGAAAAACUCGGCGGAGGGACCGCACCCGCAAAACGCGCACGCGCACCCGUGCUCUAUCGACAUCCGAAGGGGGCGACUCUACGACUGAAAGAACUAUGGUCUCGCGGCCCAUCACCGACAAGGGGAGCUCUAGAAAGAUUUCACAAGAUUUACCGACAGACUUGCUGUCGAUAUGAUGCGGUGCGAAUCCAAUUCGUCAGUGUGUAAUGGAUAGAAGGAACCCAAGAGGGCGCUAUUGUUGAAAACCUGCGCCACAGCUGUGAGGCAGACAACGCACGAUUUUGGCCAUGUUUGACAGGCCAUAUCGUGUUGACAACUGCUUUCACGUUCCAGUUUUCAAGUACGAUCGAUCUAUCAAGUCGGAGGGCUGGUAGGAUAUUCCUUCCAAUGUGACAGUUAUCAUGAAUACAUAAACGAAACGUGCGUUAUUCGCCUAUCAUAUGCUCGUAUGCUUGUGUCAGUCGACCCGUCACCAGUCUAGUCUAGUCACCCAGUCUAGGGAACUGGUUGUGUACUUGUCCAUAUCUUUAAUAUUUUGAGAAGCAAACAACAUGAAAUUUAACAGUCAUUGCAUCACUGUUCUCUCUAAACGUAGAUGAAAUUUGUCUAAAAAGCAUGCUUUUCUAUCGCCAUGCGAAUUCAUAAUAAAAGCUUUCAUUCUAAUAUCUGUUAAAAUAAUGCUUUAGCGAAUCUAACGAAUGACUACUGAACUGCUGAUGAAGGUACAUCCUUCGAUUGUUUUCCUUUUGAGACUACUGAAACCAAAACUGCAAGAUUUGUUACCAAGGUAUAUGACAUUCUCUUGGAAAACCAACAUGAAUAGCUUGGAUCAAUAUUAAGAUUUAGUGAAAACAAUGAGCAUUUCUUUUAGUUUUAUUUCGAAAGUUGAUAUUACGUGUGUUGUAUAUUAUAAUGACUGACAUUGCACUUAUCCAAAAAUUUGCAGGAUUUGUUGCGUAAUUUGAUAACUAUCACGUUGUGCAUCAUAGGGCAUAUUGAAUUGUUCAGUAAUGCUAGAUUUGAAACUUAAUUUAUAACUUUUACGAGACCUAUUAAUUUGUGGCUUUUCAACAUUCGCGUAAAUAUCUGGAUGGUCAUGGUCUUUAUUUCAAUCGAUUAAAUACAAACUGCCGUCUCUAGUGAUUAUUCGCCUUGUUUUCAAACCUCUAUUUUUGAAUAAGUCUACAGACGGCUUACUUACUCAAAUGAAGCUGAUUUUCUUUUUUCCUUAGUGACGCUUCGUGUACCGGUACCCUACCAAUAAAAAAGCCAUGCGUA